ACUCCUUUCGCCAACCCAAACCCCUUCCUUUCCAUUUUCGACAGUGCCCUUGGACUCCCUAUUUCUCUUCAUUUUCGUUUUCUGCAGACGGGAAAAGAAGAAAGAAAGAGAAAGAGAGAGAAAGCGUGUAGUUGUUUCUGAGAUCGGAGGAGAGAGAGAGAUGGCAAGAGGGAAGAUUCUGAUCCAGAAGAUAGAGAAUCCGACCAACAGGCAGGUCACGUACUCGAAGAGACGCAACGGUCUUCUCAAGAAGGCGCAGGAGCUUAGCGUUCUCUGCGACGCCAAGGUUUCAAUUAUCAUACUUUCCGGCACCGGAAAACUCCAUGAAUACACCAGCGAAUCCACCUCAACGAAGGAAUUAAUCGAUCUGUACGAAAGGACCUCAGGGACGGAUCUUUGGAGCUCACAAUAUGAGAAAAUGCAAGAGCACAAAAGAAUAUUGGAAGAGAAAAAUAGAAAUCUUCGGAUGCAGAUCAGUCAGAGGAUGGGUCAAUGUCUAGAUGGUUUGAACUUUAAGGAACUACAUGAUCUUGAACAAGAAAUGGAAAGUGCUGCGAAAGUUAUUCGUGAACGCAAGUACAAGGUGAUGUCAAAUCAGAUUGAUACUACCAACAAAAAGUUAAAGCGAGCAAAACAAAUAAACAACGCUUUUCUAACCGAUGAUAUUAAGGAUGAUCCAGACUACGCGUUACUUGAGGGCGCUGGAGGGCAUUAUAAUGAUUCCAUUGCUGGAUAUCCAAAUGCAUUUCCUAGCUUACUUGCUCUUGGCCUGCAACUUAAUCAGCCUAAUUUUCAGCCUAAAGCCGAAUCAUCAGUUAUCACCACUUGGGGUGUCCCCAAAUUCUAAGACAUCCAAAUUUGAAGCAUCCCUAAAGGAAUAUAGUCCAUAGUAAUAUAUGUUUCAAGCACAAAAAGAAAGUGUGCGUAGUAUUAUCAUAAGAAGGAUCUGUAUUCAGCUUUAUAUAUUGACUAUAUAUAUAAACUGCUUGUUCUGUGUUAACUACUAAAACUGGCUUCUAUGCUUCCAUCGAGAUGAACGGUUGUCGCAGUUGACACUUUUUUUUUUGUUCAUUUAUGUUCUGUGACCAAACAUCAUUCCUUAAAAGUUCUGUAUCGUUAUUAAUGUGACGUUACUGUUGGCAUCCAACUUUUAAUAUCAA